AUGAGUGGUCAGACCGGAUUCACCACCGUCGUCGUCGUCGCCGCCAAUGGCAACUUCGACGUCGUCACCGCCAUCAUCCUCGUCGUCGCCGCCGCCGCCGCCAUCCCUCCCACGCAGCAGCAGCGUCUCUGCCAUGACAAGAAGGCUCAGGGAGAACAGGGGCCGUCGAGGGUAGAAGGCCAGGGCGACGUGAGAAAUGACCCCGGAUACGCGUCAACACACGAUAAUGGAGCCACGCCGCCGCCACCGCCGUCGACGCCGCCAAAGCUCCCACCUCGGCCAAAUCCUGCGCCCUCGCCGGCUGGCAACCCAAUCGAACCCCAUCUACGCCUCAUCAUCGCCUUCUUCGCCGCAACAUCAUGCGUCACUCUGGCUCUCUCCCGUGUACACUGGAUCUUCGCAGCCUUGGCCGCUGCCACGGGUUGCUUCAUCUUGUGCAAGCUGCUCCUCUCCCGCGGCCAAGAUAUUGCGGCGUCUCAACGCUCCGCAGCUGCCCAACAAGCAUUCGACGCAAAGGACAACACCGAGACCGUCGAAUGGCUCAACGUCGUCCUGGGGUCAGUAUGGCCGCUGAUCAGUGCCGAUCUGUUCACACCAUUCAUCGACUUGCUCGAGGACGCCCUACAACUCCAGGUACCGGGCAUCGUGCAUGCCGUGCGCGUCGAAGACCUUGACCAGGGCGACGUGCCCCUCAACGUCGACAGCCUCAAAGUCCUGCCCCCCGGUGAGGAGCAUUUCCUCGGUGGAAACGCCGCUGUCACUUCGGACGCUCGCACAGAUGCGGAGCAAGCCAUCUCAGACGUCGACCUGGGCGAGCAUGUCAAUCUCGAAGUCACCUUCUCGUACCGCGCCUCGAGCAAGGGCAAGAGCACGGCCACGGAUGGAGCGCUGCGGGACGAUCACAGUCACGCACCACGAGCAGCUCCCGCAGAGACGAUCCAUCUCCUCCUCUACCUGGCCAUUGGCCUGCAGAAGAUCGCCGCAGUCGAGGUACCCGUGUGGUGUGAAGUCGUAGGGGUGCAAGGGAAGAUGCGAUUACGCUUGCAGCUCGUUCCGGCCUUGCCAUUCGUCAAGCACGUCGGCUUCGCCCUCCUCGAGCAGCCCAGGCUGGAAAUCAAGGCCAAACCUCUGGGGCGACGAAUGGUCAUCGAUGCAAUGAAUCUCCCACUCCUCUCGAGUUACGUCCUUCGCAGCAUCCAGACGACGGUCAAGCCCUUCGUGGCUCCAGGCUCCUACACAAUCGACUUGGGCGCCAUUAUGGGAUCAGGAGAUGGGCCCAAAAACACCUACGCAGUGGGCGUAAUUGCGGUAGUGAUCCACUCGGCCACUGACCUACCCGCGGCAGACGUCAACGGUCUCGCAGACCCAUUCGUGACCCUCUCCUUCGCUCGAGCAGGCAAACCUCUCUUCCGCACUCGCGUCCUUCGCAAGAACAAGAAUCCUGUAUGGGGAGGAGAGGUCGCCUACCUCCUCGUCGGGCCGGAUGAAGUGCGCGAUCAUGACCGUCUGCGCUUCACAAUCUUUGACGCCGAUCGUUUCUCGGCCGACGAUCCGUUGGGCAAGAUCGAUGUGAGCAUCGAUCGACUGAUCAAGGAGUCCCUCGCCACGGAUACGGAUGCGAGAUCGUGCGCGUUGAUGGAGACGCACGAAGCUGAACUCGAGCCAAUGCGCCGUGGGAUGAGCACGCAGGGAAGGUUGAGGUACUCGAUCGUCUUUGCGAAGCUGGUACAGCCGCAGGGCUGCGAGGGGACUAUGGCGUCACCUGCACGGUCGCAGUUGAUGGAUCAGGCUGCCCGACGUGCGAGGGAGGGCCAGGACGAUGCACAGCAGGCAGCCACGGGGGACACGCCACAGCAGCAGCCGGCCAACAUGGCCUCCUUCCUCACCCCUUUCGACCGCUUCGUCCAUUCGCUCGGCCUCCCUCUCGACGAGUCCGUCCUUCGUGCUCGUCAAGCACGCAACGAGCGCGUGACCAAGCUGACCAAGCUGCUUGCAGGAGAAGAAGCGGCCGUAGCAUCCCCGCCGGCACGUCAAUGGCCGAGCGGCAUCCUCGCCUUCCACGUUCACUCCAUCCACGGUCUCGAAGUCACACGUACGCAACGCACCCUCUCCAAGAACUCAGGCGCUGGCAGCGGCGGGAGCGGCGGCGCAGAGGACGAUGAAGGAGGUUCUGCAGCUCUCGACGGGGGCGGGCUUACCCGCCUACCCUCGAGUUACGUGCAAGUGCUCCUCAACGACGAAGCCGUCCUCGUGACUCGAGUCAAGACCCUCAACCCACGACCGUUCAUCAAUGCCGGGUCGGAACGCUUCGUCACCGACUUCUCGCGCGCCCGAGUCGACUUUGUGGUGCGUGACAGGCGGCAGCGCGAAGGAGAUCCGAUCCUUGGCGUAGUUAGCCUGGACGUGGCGGAGGUGCUCGGCAACAGUGCGCGAUGGAGCGGAUGGUGCACGAUGGAGGGUGGACUAGGGUAUGGAAAGCUCAGGGUCACGCUACUCUGGCGUAGCGUACAUCUCUGCGUGCCACGGCCCCUACGCGGAUGGAGCGUUGGAACGCUUUGUGUGACAGGGUUGAAGGCGCAGGUGGGCCAUCAAGCCGGACUAGAAGGGAGAGAAGCGCAUUGGGUACUUGAUGGGCGAUGGGGCAGAGCCCAAACGGAUAGCAUCAAGGCCGAAGGGGUUGCCAUGACCUACGACUACAAUUAUGCAGGAGGACUUCGCCUGCCGAUGCGCAGUCGCUACCCAUCUUCUCUCACGCUCACUCUGCGCUGCUCUACAGCGCGACUUCCAGGUCGACAUCGCCGCCGUGUCAUUGGCUGCCUACCACUCGAUCGCACAUUAGUCGACGCAGAGAGGAUCGAGGCAGGGAGCAGAACCUUGCGAGUGGGGCUGUACGCUACCAAUGAUCACAGAGCAGUAGAGGCGCUGUGCAGAAGAGCCACCGUUGGGGACGUACAGGGGCAUCGCCAUGCCGCCCUGCGUGACCUUGUCAAGGCUCCCCUGCUCAUAGAGGAUGAAGAUCAAGAUGUCGCUCAUCGAUCUGCUGCAUCUUUGUCCAGCGACGGCAGCGACGUCGAAGGCGAAGAUACAAGGUCACGGCGGUCUAGUGGGAUGCAUCGCCGCACCUCGUCUGGCUCUGUACACCCCAGCCUCGCCCUGGUCGGACACGUCGACGUCACUCUCGCCUUUAUUCCGGGCAUCAGUGACGCCCACUCCUCGCUGCUGAGCGGUGAUCACGAAUUGCGUUAUGCGCACGAGGCAUGGCUGUGCAAGCGGGACGCGGGGAUGAGGACCACCCCUCCUGGGUUGGACGCGCGCGACCCGAAUGAUCUGGGCGACCCGUGUGACGAGGAGCAACCCCUCGCCUCACCGAACGGCUCGGAGGAGGAUGAGGAGCUCACGAGCUUUUUGCGCUCCUCCUCUCUCAACCCUAGCGGAGCAGACGUCUCCGACUACCCCUCGGUCCGACGAAGGCAGCCACGCCCUCCCAGCCCACCUGUAGGUGAAGAGCCUUCCUCUUCCUCCUCAUCGCGCCACAUCCCUUCGUCGUCCUCGUUUUCCAACCGCAUGUCUCAGCGUCACCGCCAGGAAGCCGGGCUGGCCCAGCUGAAGCCGUAUCGCACCUUGCGCUGGUUGAAGCAGAAUGUGGACGACGGGAUGGGCAAUUUGCGCAAACGUGGACUGGUUGGCGGGAUGGAGAAGAGGGAUGAGAGGGUUGAGAAGAUGGAGAGGGAGGGAGUGAGUAAUUUCUGA